AUGGUGCGGGCGAGUCUUCUCGCCGUUCGGUCAGCGCUAGCAGUCGGCGCUACCGCGGCCACGCAACACGACGGCACCCCACUCGGUCCCGUGGCGAUCGUGUUCCUCGCGGUGGCCGCGACGGUGGCCGUGGCGGCCAUCGCGGCGUUCGGGUGCGCGCAGGGCGCCAAGAAGCCGCGCCGGCAGAACAACAACAACGCGUACUACUACGGCCAGGGCUACCCGCCGCCGCCCGCGGGCGCGUACGGCUACCCCGCGCAGCAGCCGGCCCCCGGGUACGCGUACCCGCCGCAGCAGAGGCCCGGCCGCAGCGGGCUCGGAUCGGGGGCCGCGGGGCUCGCCGUCGGCGCCGUCGGAGGGCUGGCCGCCGGCGCGAUCAUCGGCUCGGCGCUCGACUCCGGCGGCGGAGGCUGUGGAGGCGGCGGUGGUUGCGGAGGAGGCGGUUGCGGUGGCGGUGGUUGUGGCGGCGGCUGCGGUGGUUGA